AUGGCCCCACAUAACCCCUCAUACCUCAUUAUCGGCGCCGGAGUCUUCGGUGUGUCAACUGCCUACUAUCUCAUCCAGAAGUAUCCCAAUGCAUCGGUGACGCUGGUUGACCGAGAUGCAUAUGAUGCCGAGUCUCGCGUGGCUGCAUCAUGGGAUUGGAAUAAAGUUGUUCGCGCAGACUACGACGACAAGGUCUACUGCAGACUCGCUCUUGAGGCACAAGACAUUUUCAAGUCGGAUCCUUUGUGGCAGCCUUAUUUCCACCAGACUGGCGUCUACUGGACGUGCCGCAGCAACUACGCCCAAAAUGUGAUCACGAACCACAAGGAGCUCGGCCGCAAUGAUGAUAUUAUUGCCUUACCUGUUUCUGAGGCCCGAAAGCUGUACGGUGGACUUUUCGACCAUGCGGACUAUACCGGCGUCAAAGAGGUUCUCAUCAACAGAGCUAGUGGUUGGGCCGCCGCGGGAGAUGUUCUUCGAGCGGUCACAAAGAAGUGUCUGGAACUGGGCGUCAAGUACGUGGCAGCUGAUGUUGCCACGCUCGAAUUUGAUGGCCGCAGUUGCACGGGUGUCAAGACAAAAUCCGGUGAGAUCUUGUCGGCCACACAUGUUAUCGUCGCUGCUGGCGCUUUCACGCCUACAUUGCUGGAAUGGAGCGCUGCAAAGAGCGGAAAUACCGGUCUCCGUGCGGGCGAACGAAUUUUGGCCGCUGGCAUCACGACGGGAAUGGCACAGCUGAAGAGGGAGCAAUAUGAACAGUUUAAGGAUAUGCCUGUUGGCUUUCAGGGUUACACACCCGAUGAGGGCAAGCCAUUUAUUGGUAGCCUCCCGCCUACCAAGGAUGGGGAGCUCAAGUGGUGGGGGUCCAAGAUCUUCAAAAACACUCGAGAAGUACUUCCUGGCCGCUACCUUUCUUCUCCUCCACCUACACACGACUACAAUCAAUGGAAGGUACCGGGUCCCCUUAAGCAGGACAUUAUUGAGUCUAGAAAUCUAUGGUACGGACCAGAGAGUGCGGAUUGGGAGAUGACGAAACAUCGGAUUUGCUGGGACGCUUUCACCACCUCAUCUGACUUUAUCAUUUCGCCUCAUUCUGCCUCCAAGGGACUCUACGUUGCAACCUGCGGUUCAUUCCACGGCUUUAAGUUCUUCCCCGUUCUUGGCAAGUACAUCACACAGAUGCUUGAGGGAGAACUGGAGCCUGAAUUGGUGGAGAAGUGGGCUUGGGAUAGACAGCGAUCUGAUUCGUCCCAAAAUGUCGAGUAUCCGAAUUCGGAGAUGAAGCAUCUCUUGGGGGUUACAGCGAAGCUGUAG